ACAUUUUAUAGGCAAUAUAGGCCUGCAGACCAGGUGGCAGCGGUACCUCUGGCGCUCACCCUAGAAUGCAUCCCGGAUACGCCACCUAACGUUGUGGACCGCCCCGGCACCUCCGUGGCCACCGCGGCAGUGCUGAGAGCAGCCAAUGAUUCAACAGUGGGUCCGUGUCCGAGAUGGGUCAGGGUAGCCUCCUGUGCCCUGCAACCCACAGGCCUAGUCAGUGUUUCCUCUGCUUUUGAAACCUUUACCAACAAUUCAGGCCCAUGGUCACUGCGGCCUCUUCCCAAAUAGUGAGUACUGCCGUCCAGCAAUGAGGAGCUCCCUUGCACUUUUGCCUCCUUAUUUAGGGUUCCACAUUCGGUUAGCAAUCCAUUUAUGCAUCCUCACACAUAAUUACAGUCUAUGUGUCCCUGGGUUUCCAAUGACAGAUCCUCGGGAGGUAGGGCUCAUGCUUACAAUUUUAACCUUUCUGCCCCUCAGUAUACCCCAGACUUUCCCAGUAUGCUACAGCAUUCACAACCUCAGCCUUUACCGCGGAAGGGGGCUCCGAAACAUCAUCGGAGGAAGAGACGCAGGGGCAACAGGAAGUGGCAGCGGCUGCAGAACAGCUCCAGUCUCCAACAAUGGGCAAGGGAGAAAGAAGUCUAAGUAAGAAGAAGCAUUCGGCCAAGAAGAGCAAAAGAAGUAAGCCUUCUAAUGCCGAGGACGAUUCAGAAAAGCUUCCUGCUGCCCACCACCUGCUGGGUUCCGAGCGACCAGAAUUACUGGAUGGAGCAUAUGGGUCCCUAUGUGGAAAAGGAAAGUUAGAAAAUUUGAGGCUAAGCGAGUCCCUCACCAUGAGGUUUGCUGGGAGUACAACACGGGUGUGUGCCAGGGGCCAAAUUGUAAGUAUGCGCAUGAAUGUGAGAAGUGCCUUCAUGUUUUAA